AUGGGUCCGUACAAAUAUAAUUUUCCUCUGAAUGAAAAUUGGGGCUGGGACAGAUUGUUGAAAAAGGAUAACUUGCUCAAGAAUGCAAAACCAACUGACGAACUGAUCAUAAAAUGCAAAAUAACCGCAAACGAAAGACUUGUGAACGAGACGCUGAACAAUCAAUUCGAUCCUCUGCCGAGCAGUUUGGCCAAAGAUUUGAAGACCCUCGUCGGCGGCGACAACAAGUUUGGCGACGUCACCAUACUGGUCGCUGGCCAGCGAUUCCCGGCACACAAGUGCAUCCUGUCGGCCAGGAGCUCCGUCUUCAGCGCCAUGUUCGAGCACCAGAUGCAGGAAACGAUCGAGAAUUGCGUAUCCAUCGACGACAUCGAACCGCCGGUUUUCGAAGCGCUGCUCGGGUUCAUCUACACGGACGAGCUGACCAGUCUGGAGACGAUGGCCCACGCGCUGUACAAAGCGGCUGAUAAGUACGACGUUCCGACGCUGAAAAGCCACUGCCAUUGCCACAUCCUGGAGAAGCUCAGCUGGGAAACUGCCGCCGAAACGUUGAUGCUUGCGGACCUGUACGACGACCUCGAGAUGAAGAAGCACGUGCUGCAGUUUCUCAGCGGCAGCGUGGCGGCCAAGGUAACGGAGACAGACGGCUGGAAGGAAUUGGUGCGGGCGUGUCCGCACCUCGUGGACGAAACGAUCCGAGCGAUGGCCUCCCAAUGGAUGAGUCGAAAGUGA